CCAAAUGUUCCAAAAAACAAAAAAAAUAAUUUCACUUAUUUUUUCUUCAAUUGGAAGAAGAAUUGAACGAUAGAUGGCAGCAGGUGUCUGGGAUAAAGUAACCUUUAUGCAACAGCUGGUACUGUUGAACAAAGCAACUAGCGAUGAUGAAUCCCCAACUCCAGGAUACCUUUACAGGGACAUCAUAGCCCUUACGUUCAAGUCCAGUAGUUACUGCAAUGAGCUCAUUGAAUUUCUUGUGCAGCGUAUGGAUGAAGGCUCGUUCCAUGUAAAACUGAAGGUUCUUAAAAUCCUUCAGCUGACCUUGGAGAAAGGUCACCCAGAGUUCAAGCAAGGGUUACGGCGGAGGUCAAAAUGUUUACAAGAAGCUACAGUCUACAAUGGCCCUCCCGAUCCACUUCACGGUAACACACCCUACAUCAUGAUCAGAAACACUGCUAAGCUGGUGAAUCAAAUGCUGUUUGAGACAGAUGCCCCAAAAACAACAGCACAAUCUAUGCAGCCUGUAGAGGGCAUGGGCAGCUCGCAGGGCAUUGGUAGCACACAGGGCAUGGGUGGCUCACAAGUAUCCUCAAAUAUGCAGGGCUUUGGCAACACACCUUUCACAGAGAAAAGUUUGGGUGACUCAAUCAUCAGUGGAAUGCUUGACCUUGCGGAAAAAGUCCUAGAACCAAGUAGAGAUCAGCCAAACCCAGCACUUGUUGCGUUAGAUAAACACUUUGGAGGUCAAUACAAACCCAUCACUAUGGCAACUGAUGAUGAUCAUGAUGACAUCAAGAUUGGGGAUCAGUCAUUUUCUGUCAAUCAUACACGAUCUGUCGCAGCUCACAGGCCUGGAGUUGCAGGAGGGGGCUGGGAUGAUGCGCCUAUGGCAACAUUUACCAAAACCACUGGGUCUUCAAAUAAAAGUACAAACAGCCUUGAAGACAGAUUAGAGACUGCCAGUCAGGAGGAUUGGAGCAGUGAGUUAGACCUGGUGAAUUCCAUAGUGGUCGAUCAACAAACUCCAAUACCCUCCAGAAUACAGCUGCAGAAUUUCAUACUCAGAUGCGCCUCUUUAAACUGUGAUAAGGUGCUAGAAUUCAUCAACUUAAACUUGCAGAAGAGUGACAAAGUAAACACCAUAAUGCGAUGCUUAUUGCUACUCGAACAGUUGAUGAGGUCUGACUUGACUACCCCAGAGAGACUCUCAAUGGUCUUCCAUAGCAACCUCAUUAUACUUUACUCUCACAAGCAAAGGCCCAUUCAAGCUAAAACUAAGAAGAUUAUACUGCUCUUGAAGAAGUUGACUCCUGGGUCUACAUUAUUUGAUGAUAUCCUAAAUAUUGCAAAACCAGAAAUAUCCAUGACAACCGAUACUGAAACCAUAGCAACAGAAGAAAACUGUUUAGAUUCUGUAACUAUAGAAGCAAAUGAAACACACAAUAUGGAUGCAAUACAGUCAAGUAAAACACUUAGUGCAAAUACAGCUCAAACUGAAUCAAUUCUCCAAGAUCUCUCUAAUGGUCAAAACGCUGAGUUCAACAGUUUUAAUAACAUGUUGAUAUCGUCAAACUCUACCCUUGCUCAAGAUGAUCGAUCCCAUGCAGAUGCAGAGAAUGACCAGGGAUCUAAUGAGAUUACAUCUAGUCCCCAGAGUGCAAUAGAACAUGAGAGAAAUACCAUUAAACAAAGAGAAGGCUCUCAUGAUAGUAUUUCCUCUGUGGAUAGUCUAGAACAAACGUGACCAUUUGUCUUUUUAUGGGCAAUCAAUGUAUUUCUUCACAUUUGUUCAAAUAUGCUUGCCUCAUAUCAUUAAAAUGAUUUAGUUUAGUUUAGUUUUUUUAUUGUUAUUUACAGUGGUAAGUUUACAUCAUUUAAUACAAUACAAAAGAAAAGUAAU